AUCCUAUAGCCACAGAGGAAGCACUAGCACUUAUCUAUCCUAUAGCCACAGAGGAAGCACUAGCACUUCUUUCAUACUGCAUGACGUCUUCUUAGAGUCUUCUAGAAGAAUCAGAUAGUCCUACUCCUAUAGUCAUCAGCAGACCUCAGUGAGGUUACCUCACACCUCCUCACACCUUCAUCACGAUCUUGCUUGACUUGUUCACUGCUAUGCAUACGACUCUGCAAAAAUCCACAACCACACUCCGCUUACACAGCCGUGCUCCUUUCCACAACCAUACUCCGUUGCUCAGCUCCAUCACUAGUCUAGUCAGCUCCAUGUUACUUCUGAAGGUCCAUGUUAGACUUCACACCUUUUUCUUCAGCUCCAUCAGUAUCUAAGUUGGUCCUGCCCUUUUUCUCAGCAGUUGGAUCUUACUUCUUCUUACCUAAAAAAUGAAGACCGCGUUCAUUUUCUUGAACAUAGUCAUGAUAAUGUGCUGUGGACUUGAGUUUCGAAAAUAACUAAGGAGUUAAUUUGAAAACAGAGCUGGCCACCUGUAGUUACUGCAUUCUUGAACUUUUCCUACUUUUGUCGACAACAGGCCAGUCUUGUUGUUAUUUCUAUCGGCGUACAACAACUUCUACGUCGUGGUAUGUCUGUGGUAUCCCAAUUUGUCUUUUUCUGGUCUCCUGUGAAACGCACUGAUGUCUUCCGAGCUCAGACUUCUGGAGCCAUGGCCCCUGCCUGUCGCAUGCCAGAAAUCUCUUAAUCUUAAUCUUAACCAUCUUGAUGAUAUUGCGUUUUCUUACUCAGUCGACAAGAGGCCACUACUUGCAUUGGAAAAGACCAGCUCGCACUACUUGCAAGAGCAUUGUCAACUCUCCACCCCUUAACCCCUUUGCAAACUUCUUCCUUGAGCAAAAAGAUAAGGGACCUUGAAUACUACUCAAGGUCUUCUAGGUAAAUGAAAGAACGCAUGAACCACGACUGAAUUCUGCCCUUUAAUACAAUCUUCACAGUCAUCAAGAAGAACUAAUGAACGGAUGAACGCCCUUUACUACAAUCUUCACAGUCAAGAAGUGGCACUACCUCGCAAUAAAGUGUAAGAACAACGCUC